UAAUUACUUAAUUGAUUGAGUGAAUCCUUUCAACCCUUCCACUUUUCCAAAUAAAAAAACCCUCAAUUGAAUUGCGGCCGAUAUUGUGGAUCAGCCCUGUUAUUCCACAUUUCUUGUUCUCAUUUGUCCAUUUUUCUUUUUAUUUUCCACCACCAAUUUUGAACUUGAUCGUGCUACCACUGAUCAUAACCUUCAAAGUGCUAUUACAUAAAUAGAGAUGAGUGACUGAAAAAAUUGAACCUACCGAUUGUUAGUUGACCAAUAAUCUAUAAUUUUUUUCAUUAUGUUAAUUGUUACUUGCUCGCAAAGCAUAACCUCAAAUUUUCAUAUUUUGUAAAAUGAAAUGGCUCGUCCAUGGGGUUCAGAUGUCAUCGGUGUCCUUCGGGGCAUGCAGACGGUGGUUAAUAGCAUUGCCAAACAUCAAGCAGAAACUAUAAAACACGUUAUAGAUAAUUCCAGUGUCAAGAGAGCAACUGAAGACAAUAUAAACGGAACAAUUCAACAGCUGUCUGAGAUGCAGCUGAGUGAAGCUCCGAAUAAAGUACUGUCAUCGGUACAAGAAUUAUUCAACAGAGUACUUGUCGUUGAGAAAGGAAUAUCCGAGUUUGCAAAGCAGUUCACGAAUGAAGGUACAAAUUCUGCGUCGUACUCACAAAAUUUAAAGUAUGGGCCGGCGGAUCUGGAAAUUUAUCAUCCAGCAAGAGACCCCAGGGAACGAGUUCAUCGAAAAAACUCUGAUAAACCUUCAGAUGAAAACGUUGUUAAUGUUUCAAGGAAAUACAGCAGUGUUAAAGAGAAAAUAGACACCAUUGGAGGAUAUGAAAAAAUGAUUCCUAAAAUAGAGCUGACAAAAAAAGAGAAGGAAGUACUCAGAAAGCUGGAAAUCGAACAUGAAAUUAAUGUAAAAACUAGAGAAGCAGUGAUGGUUGAACCGAAAGUCGUGAGAGUUGAAGUGAAAAAUGAAAAAAAUUUACAAGAUGUGGAGCAAAAAAUAUUCAUGGCGAAAAAAAAUUCAACAAUUAAACCAAUGAUAAAACCCAAGCAAACUCUCUCACCAAACGCGAGGGAAAGAAAGGUUCCAAGCACACGAAUUCAACGUAUGAUAAGCUUCGGAACCCUAGGAAUCGGUUUAGGAAUUGGUACAAUUGCUGAAUAUGGACGAAGAACAUUGGGAAUUAAAGAACAGGGCAUCGGACAAAGUUUGGAUAAUACUUUCUUAACGAAAGCUAAUGCUGAGAGAAUUGUAUCGACUCUUUGUAAAGUGAGAGGUGCUGCUCUAAAAAUUGGCCAAAUAUUGAGCAUUCAGGAUAGUAACAUAAUAAGUUCAGAAAUGCAGAAAGUCUUUGAGCGAGUUCGUCAGAGUGCUGAUUUCAUGCCAACGUGGCAAGUUCAGCGAGUACUCACGGAUGAGUUGGGGACUGAAUGGAGAAGUCAAGUGAAGGACUUCGAUGAAAAACCAUUUGCAGCAGCUUCUAUAGGUCAAGUACAUCUAGUUACCCUUAACGAUGGAUCUCUUGCUGCUAUGAAAAUUCAGUAUCCAGGUGUGGCAGAAGGAAUUCAAAGUGACAUAGAUAAUUUAGUUGGCGUUUUGAAAUUAUGGAACGUCUUCCCUGAAGGAAUGUUCAUCGACAAUGUUGUCGAAGUUGCUAAGAAAGAACUAGCGUGGGAAGUCGAUUAUGUCAGAGAGGCAGAGUGUUCUAAAAAAUUCAGGGAGCACCUGGCGCCUUAUCCGGAAUAUUACGUUCCACAGGUUAUAGACGACCUAUGCUCAAAAAAAGUAUUUACUACAGAACUCAUCGAUGGCGUAUCAGUUGAUAAAUGUAUUGACAUGGAGAUGAAUGUUCGCGAGCACAUUUGUAAAUUAAUAAUGCAGCUCUGCCUAAAAGAAUUAUUCGAGUUUCGUUACAUGCAGACCGAUCCAAACUGGGCCAAUUUCUUUUAUAAUCCAGAAUUGAAACAAUUGAUUCUUCUCGACUUUGGUGCCUGUAGAUCAUAUGACAAAUCAUUUUUGGAUGAUUACAUUGAAAUAAUUCAUGCAGCUGGUCGUGGAAACCGUAAUACGGUUCUUCAGUUGUCGAGGAAGAUGAAACUCUUGACUGGAUAUGAAUCAAAGGUGAUGGAAAGUGCUCAUGUUGAUGCUGUUAUGAUUCUCGGGGAAGUUUUCAGUGAAAACAAUGAAAAAUAUGAUUUUGGGGGGCAAAAUGUUACGAAAAGCAUGCAAAAAUUAGUCCCAACGAUCAUAACUCAUCGAUUGUGUCCACCCCCAGAGGAAAUUUACAGUAUUCAUCGAAAAUUGUCAGGUGUUUUUCUACUCUGUGCUAAGUUGGAUGUCAAGAUCAAUUGCAAAGAACUGUUCCACGAAGUUUAUGAAAAUUACAAGUUGGGAUAAAAUGUAAAUAUCGCAAGAAUGGAAAUAUAAAUAAUUAUGCUCUA